AUGUCUGUUAAACAGGCAAUAGGCGAGAUUCAUCAGACGAUGAAACUUUGCAACUUCUGUUCAAGAAGAAUAGGCAUUUCCUUUAUCGAUGAGCAUCCAGACACCUUACUUAGCGUAAUAUGGAAUUACCUUUGGUUUAUUGGAACGGUUUUAGUGGUGCUAUUAAAACUGGUCGGACAAAUGAGUUAUGCUGUUAUGAAGCUCGUCAGUUCUGCGUCAGUUCCAGAAUUUGUUGCAAAUUUGCAUAUUAUCGGCUACGAUACCAUGAGUUUCGGAAAAUUAUUAACUAUCUGGUACAAACGAAAUAUAUUUCGCAAACUCAUUAAUGAACUAGUUGACUUGUGGCCAAUGGAUCUCCAGGAUGAUGAAUCAAAUAAAAUAAAGAGGGAGAAACUUUCAAGACUACGUAUUGGACAAAUUUGCUACUGCUUUUGGAACGUAUUAGGAGUAUGGCUUUACAACUUAACGCCGGUGGUGAUUUAUGUUUACCAUAAAAUACAAGGAAAUCCGUCCAAUCUAGGGUAUAUCUGGCAUAUAUCUUACCCCUUCGACAAGACAAAGUCCGUGUACCACGAACUAUGUUUUGCCUUUGAGGUUUAUGGAGGGUUGGUUUCCGUAUGGUCAAUGCUGGCGUCCGACAUUUUAUUCAUGACAAUGGCGAGUCACAUCAGCAUGCUUCUGCGUCUUUUACAAAUAAAAAUACUAAGAUUAGUUCGAAUGAAAAAAGGAAAUAACGUUUGCUAUGAAGACAUUGUUGCAGUUAUAAAAAUACAUCAGAGACUUAUAACCUAUGGCACAAAUUUAGAAAGCGCUUUUUCAGUAGUGAAUCUCAUAAACGUUUUAUUAAGCUCAAUAAACAUUUGCUGUGUCGUCUUUAAUAUUCUUCUUGAUCCAUGGAUGGCGAUGAGUAACAAGUUCUUCUUGGGUGCCGCUUUAACACAAGUGGGUAUACUAUGCUGGUAUGCAGACGACAUUUCAACAUCGAGUUCAGGAAUUGCAGAUGCAGUUUACAAAAGCAGAUGGUACACUACCAACAAACGUAGUCAAAAAACGCUAUUUAUACUAAUUCAGAGAUCACAGAAACCGCUUUAUUUUACAGCAUUCAAGUUUAGACCUAUCACUAUGUCAACAUACAGUUCUAUUAUAACAACCUCGUAUUCCUAUUUCACUCUGUUAUAUACAAUGUACAGAAGUGAUUAUAAAUAA